UCACUUGAGAGUCAGCACGGCCCCCUGCUCCUUUCCAGUAUAUAAAGACCAACCAAAGAGGCUCAAAAAUGGACAUUAAUAGGUACCUUGACUUGAGCUUCAAAGAGGUGAAAGAUUAUUUCCAGAAGAUUUUUUACUUGCUCUGGGACUGAACAAGGAUGCCAAAUUGGGGCGGAGGAGCCAAAUGUGCAGCCUGUGAGAAGACGGUUUACCAUGCUGAGGAAAUUCAGUGCAAUAGUCGGAGCUUCCACAAAACCUGCUUCAUUUGCAUGGUUUGUCGUAAAAGUCUGGACAGCACAACAGUUGCAGCACACGAGUCGGAGAUUUACUGCAAAUCCUGCUACGGCAAGAAAUAUGGCCCCAAAGGCUACGGGUAUGGCCAGGGUGCUGGAGCAUUGAGUUCUGACCCGGUGGAUAAUGAAGAACCCCAACCUAAAGAGCCCAGACCACCUUGUCCCUCGUUUGCUGACUCAAACCCAAACCCAAAGUUUGGACAGAAGUUUGGGAGCACAGAUCGCUGUCCACGCUGUUCCAAAGCUGUAUAUGCAGCAGAGAAGAUCAUUGGUGCUGGAAAGGCCUGGCACAAAACCUGCUUCCGCUGUUUAUUGUGUGGGAAAAGCCUGGAGUCCACCACAGUGACUGAUAAAGAUGGAGAGCUCUACUGCAAAGUUUGCUAUGCCAAAAACUUUGGUCCAAAGGGGCGGGGCCUAGGGAACCUGGGCGUGGCCGAAGACAGUUCAUGACAUGUUCAGAUCAGCAUGGGCAGUUUUCAUUUGCUGGUGUUUUACUAUUAAACUGGUUCUCGUGGUGAUGCUA